CGAGCUCGGAUUAUUAUCGAACUCACCCCAAAAAAAUACAAGUCUUGCAUUGUGCGCCUGGACAAACAACAUCCUUACCGCCUCUGCUACAUAAUAUCGCGAAGCUUCCCUCCGUUCUACUUUGUUUUCCUUUAUAAUCCUUACUAUUAUUUUCCCGGAGUUCGGCGACCCCUCUAUUCCUCGCAGUCUGAUGUCGCGGUGUCGUCAAGUCUACUCUUAAUGAAUUUGUUUGCGGUCGGCUCCUGAAGCUGUCUUCGACGCGGCUGAGGGAUAGUAAGGCCGACGCUGCAUCCCCUCGCUGUCCGCUAUGGCGCAGCAGCAGCAGCUGGCCCUUGAGGCCCUUGAUGCCAUCACGAGAGAUUUGAAAUCGAGGGCAGGAGACGAAGUUCGAAAGCGAGCAGCUGUCCAGCUGAGGGAGCUAGUAACCGUUUGUUAUAGAGAUUUCCAGCCAGAACAAUUUCACGUAUUCUACAAUUCCGUCAACAACAAAAUCACUACGCUGAUGCUCCAUGGCAAUGAUUCUUCCGAACGCCUAGGUGGCGUCUAUGCCCUUGAUGCCCUUGUCGAUUUCGAUGGCGUGGACGUUACCGCUAAAUAUACCCGGUUUACCGCAAAUCUGAAGACGAUCCUGAGAGGAAAGGAUAUUGUUCCUAUGCAACCCGCUGCCAUCGCCCUCGGCAAAUUGUGUCUUCCCGGAGGAUCUCUGAUAUCAGAGUUGGUCGAAUCCGAGGUCAAGACCGCUCUCGAGUGGCUUCAAUCAGAUAGAGUGGAGGAGAAGAGAUAUAGCGCCGUCCUGGUCCUCCGCGAGCUCGCCCGGAGCGCGCCUACUCUGAUGUACGCCUACGUCGGCCUCGUUUUCGACCUCAUAUGGGUUGGUCUUCGCGACCCGCGCCAGCUUAUCCGCGCGACCUCCGCGGAGACUGUCAGUGCCUGUUUCGAGAUCAUCCGCAAGCGAGACCAGGAGAUGAAGCAGGCGUGGAUGACCAAGAUGUAUAAUGAGACCCAGGCCGGUCUCAAGACGAACACCGUCGAGUACGUCCACGCGUCAUUGCUGGUGCUCAAGGAGCUUCUCGAGCAAGGUGGCAUGUACAUGCAGGACCACUAUCAGAAUGCAUGCGAGAUAGUCUUCACCCACAAGGAUCAUCGUGACAUGACGGUUCGCAAGACGGUCGUUCUGCUAAUCCCCAACCUAGCCAAUUAUUCCCCGUCCGACUUCGCGCACGCCUAUCUUCACAAGUUCAUGGUCUAUCUCUCCGGUAUGCUCAAGAAGGACAAGGAACGCAACGAUGCUUUCUUCGCUAUUGGAAACAUCGCCAACGCCGUCAAGAGCGCUAUCGCGCCAUACCUCGACGGCGUUCUUAUCUAUGUCCGAGAGGGACUCAGCAUCCAGUCUCGAAAGCGAGGCUCUGUCGACCCGGUCUUCGAUUGCAUCAGCAGACUUGCGGUCGCGGUUGGCCAGACGCUCAGCAAAUACAUGGAGGCCUUACUGGAUCCCAUCUUUGCGUGCGAGCUUACCCCCAAGCUAACACAGGCCUUGGUCGAUAUGGCCUUCUACAUACCGCCGGUGAAGGCUACGAUACAGGAGAGGCUUCUAGACAUGCUUAGCAAGGUCCUUUGUGGAGAGCCCUUCAAGCCCCUUGGAGCUCCCACCCCGAACACGCUCUCGGCCGUCCCCAUCAUACCGAGAGAUGCCAAAGACCCGCAGGCCUAUGAGCACCGUAAAGCCGAGGUGAAGCUAGCGUUGAGGACGCUAGGGAGCUUCGACUUCUCAGGCCACAUACUGAAUGAAUUCGUCCGUGACGUUGCUAUCAAGUACGUAGAAGACGAUGACCCUGAGAUCCGCGAGGCGGCCGCCCUUACGUGCUGCCAACUGUACGUGCGAGAUCCAAUCGUAAAUCAGACUAGUUACCACGCGUUGCAGGUCGUCGGCGACGUUAUCGAGAAAUUGCUAACCGUAGGCGUAUCCGACCCGGAACCAACCAUACGACGGACAGUCCUCGCGGCUCUCGACGAGCGUUUCGACCCUCACCUCGCCAAGGCGGAGAACAUCCGGACCCUCUUCUUUGCGCUCAACGACGAAGUGUUCGAUAUAAGGGAAGUAUCGAUUUCUAUCAUAGGUCGACUGGCUCUGUACAACCCAGCCUACGUCAUUCCCUCGCUUCGGAAGACUUUGAUACAGAUGCUUACUGAGCUCGAGUUCUCGGAUGCCCCGCGCAACAAGGAGGAAAGCGCCAGGCUCCUCAGCCACCUCGUUCAGAACGCCGGGCUUUUGGUCAAGCCAUACGUCGAACCUAUGAUUUCGGUACUUCUGCCGAAGGCCGACGACGCCAAUCACGCUGUCGCAGCCACCAUCCUCAAGGCAAUCGGCGAGCUCGCGACAGUCGGGGGGGAAGACAUGCUCCCGUACAAGGAUAAACUCAUGCCGAUCAUCAUCAAGGCGUUGAAGGACCACGCCUCUGACGUCAAGCGCGAGGCUGCCUUGCAUACCCUAGGCCAGCUUGCCAGCAACUCCGGAUACGUCAUAGACCCCUAUCUCGAAUACCCCGAACUCCUCGACCUCCUCCAACACAUUAUCCGCGUCGAGCCCCAGCGCGGGGCCUUGCGGCAUGAGACGAUUAAGCUGAUGGGAAUAUUAGGAGCGCUAGAUCCCUACAGGCAUCAGCAAGUCGAGGAGCGCGCCCCUGACGCCAAGCGCCGCGUCGAAACCAAUCGAAUGACCGACAUAUCGCUAAUGAUGACAGGUCUUACUCCCUCUAACAAAGAGUAUUACCCCACCGUCGUGAUUAACGCCCUCCUUAAUAUACUCAAGGACCAUUCCCUCGCGGCACACCAUGCCGCAGUGAUCGAGGCCAUCAUGAACAUAUUCCGCACGUUAGGACUAGAGUGUGUCUCAUUCCUCGAUCGCAUCAUUCCUGCGUUCCUAGACGUGAUUAAGGAUUGCCCCGCGAGUCGCCUCGAAUCCUAUUUCAACCAGCUGGCUACACUGGUGAGCAUCGUCCGCCAGCACAUUAGGAACUAUCUGCCGCAGAUCAUAGAGUCGCUCCCCCCGUACUGGGAAAUGGCACCAUCUCUCCAGGCUACGAUAUUGUCCUUAAUCGAAGCCAUUUCGAGGUCACUAGAAGGAGAAUUCAAGAUCUACUUGGCGAGUCUGCUGCCCGCCAUGCUCGGUGUCUUGGAGAAGGAUGCGACUACUAAGCGGAUCCCUUCCGAGAAAGUGCUCCACGCCUUUCUAGUCUUCGGUUCUAGCAGCGAGGAAUAUAUGCAUCUCAUCAUUCCCGUGAUCGUGCGCACGUUCGAGAAGCAGGGCCAGCCGACGUUCUUGCGGAAGUCAGCUAUCGAGACUGUCGGCAAGAUCUCUCGCCAGGUCAACCUCAAUGACUAUGCCGCCAAGAUCAUCCACCCCCUGACCAGGAUCCUCGCUAGCGGGGAUUCGUCCUUGCGGAUGGCGGCGCUGGAUACCCUGUGCGCCCUGAUUCAGCAGCUUGGUAGGGAUUAUUUACACUUCAUGGGCACCGUCACCAAGGUUCUCCAGGCUGGCCAGAUCCAACAUCAGAAUUAUGAGCUUUUGGUUAGCAAGCUACAGAAGGGUGAGGCUCUGCCGCAAGACCUCAGUUCUGAGACGCGGUUCGUCGACCAGCUAGACGAGCCGUCGUUUACCGACCUCGGCAACAAGAAACUUGAGAUGAACGCCAUUCAUCUAAAAGCCGCUUGGGAUACCAAGGGCAAGUCCACGAAAGAGGACUGGGUGGAAUGGCUCCGGCGGUUCAGCACCACCCUCUUGACCGAGUCGCCCAACCACGCUCUUCGCGCGUGCGCUAUCCUCGGUAGCGUGCAUCUGCCCCUGGCCCGCGAGCUGUUCAACUCCGCUUUUGUCUCGUGCUGGAGCGAGCUCUACGAACAGUUCCAAGAUGAGCUCAUCCAGAACAUCGAAAAUGCCAUCCGCUCUGAGAACGUGCCGCCGGACUUGCUCGGACUGCUUCUCAACCUCGCCGAAUUUAUGGAACACGACGAUAAGGCCUUACCAAUCGAUAUUAGGGUCCUCGGUAGGGAGGCCGGCCGUUGCCACGCGUACGCGAAAGCUCUUCAUUAUAAGGAGUUAGAGUUCCUACAGGACCAGAGCGGGCCAGCGGUCGAAGCCUUGAUCGUCAUAAACAACCAGCUCCAGCAGUACGAUGCCGCCAUCGGCAUUCUCCGCAAGGCGCAGCUUUACAAGGACGGCAUCCAGCUCCGAGAGACGUGGUUCGAGAAAUUAGAACGGUGGGAAGAGGCGUUAGCGUUCUACAAUAAGAGAGAAUCGGAGAUGCCGCGAGACCAAGCGAUCCCCUUGGAUAUUGUAAUGGGCAAGAUGCGUUGCUUGCACGCCCUUGGCGAGUGGGAUGCCCUAGCGAAUCUGACGAGCAAUACUUGGUCCAAUUCGGCGCCCGAGAUCCAGCGGCGGAUCGCGCCGCUCGCAACCGCCGCCGCCUGGGGUCUGGGCAAGUGGGAUUUUAUGGAUAACUAUUUGCAGUCCAUGAAGCGGCUCUCUCCGGACCGUUCGUUCUUCGGCGCGAUACUAGCGCUCCAUCGUAACCAGUUCGCAGAAGCUGCCAGAUUUAUCCAGCUGACGCGGGAAGGCCUCGACACAGAGCUCAGCGCCCUUGUGAGCGAGUCCUACAAUCGCGCAUACCAGGUUAUUGUCCGGGUGCAGAUGCUAGCGGAGCUCGAGGAGAUCAUCGUUUACAAGCAAGCAAAGGACCCGAAGAAGGCCACGAUGCGCCGCACGUGGGAGAGUCGUCUAAAGGGAUGCCAGAGGAACGUCGAAGUCUGGCAGCGUAUGCUAAGGCUACGCGGCCUAGUCAUCACGCCGGCGGAAAAUAUGCAUAUGUGGAUCAAGUUCGCGAAUUUGUGUCGGAAGUCGGGUAGGAUGGGCCUCGCCGAGAAGUCGCUGAAGCAGCUCAUCGGUACCGAUCACUCCCUCGACACGAUAAUCCCGUACUGGAGCGAGAACGGCCAACCCCAACAAGGUCCGGCGACGAGGAUCCCGCCCCAAGUAGUAUACGCAGUCCUCAAAUUUUACUGGGAAUACGGGCAACAGCCUAACCUACGCCAGACCGGUCACCCCGAGAAGACGCUGUUCUGCCUCCGAAAGUUCACCGCCGACUCCGCACAGGCGCUCGAAAUGGCGCGGGCCUCAAUCCAGACUGCGUCUAACGGACCGGACCCGAUCGGCGACUACGGCUUCCACAACGCGAUGGAUCCGGGUGUCCCUAGUUCUAGGACCCAGAAGCUGAUCCAAGACCAGACUGUGCUUCUUGCGAAAUGUUUCCUCAAACAGGGAGAGUGGCAGGUGUCUUUGAACAAGCACAAUUGGCAAAACCACAACGUCCAGGACAUCCUAACUUCCUACUCGAAAGCCACUCAGUAUAACCCUAAAUGGUACAAGGCUUGGCACGCGUGGGCCUUGGCGAACUUCGAAAUCGUCCAAGCCCUCACUCCCGCAGCUGACAGGAACGCCCCGAGAUCGGAUCUGUCUGUCAUCAUAAAUCACGUCGUCCCUGCUGUUCAGGGCUUCUUCAAGUCCAUUGCGUUGUCGUCGGGAAGCUCCCUCCAAGAUACGCUACGCCUCCUCACUCUAUGGUUCGCCCACGGUGGCAGCAGCGAAGUCAACGCUGCAGUCACCCAAGGCUUCGGGACCGUCAGCGUCGAUACGUGGCUGGAGGUGAUCCCUCAGCUCAUCGCGCGUAUCAAUCAGCCUAACACGCGAGUGCGGCAGUCUAUCCACAACCUGCUCGCCGACGUCGGGCGUAAUCAUCCACAGGCCUUGGUUUACCCGCUGACCGUAGCGAUGAAGUCGGCUCAGAGCUCUAGGAGGUCAAAGUCGGCCGCGCUAAUCAUGGAUAGCAUGCGUGCGCACAGCGCUAAGCUUGUCGAGCAGGCCGACACCGUGAGUCAUGAGCUCAUCCGGGUCGCCGUGCUAUGGCAUGAGCUUUGGCACGAAGGACUCGAGGAAGCCUCUCGACUAUACUUCGGUGAUCAUAAUAUCGAAGGCAUGUUCGCCACUCUCGGGCCCUUACAUGAGCUGCUCGAACAAGGCCCGGAGACAUUGCGUGAGAUCAGCUUCGCGCAGACGUUCGGUAGAGAUCUCACAGAGGCGCGCGAAUGGUGCCGGCAAUACGAGACCAGCCACGAUGUCAACGACCUUAACCAGGCCUGGGAUCUUUACUACCAGGUGUUCCGACGAAUAGGAAGACAGCUUCCGCAGAUGUCGUCGCUAGAGCUCGCGUAUUGCUCCCCGAAAUUGCUGGCGGCCAAGGACCUCGACCUAGCCGUGCCCGGGACGUACCGAAGCGGCGCUCCCAUCGUCCGCAUCAUCUCAUUCGAUACGACCUUCAGUGUGAUCAACUCCAAGCAGCGACCCAGGAAAUUGAAUACGAACGGAAGCGACGGCAACUCGUACGCCUUCCUUCUAAAGGGACACGAAGAUAUCCGACAGGAUGAGCGCGUCAUGCAGCUGUUUGGCCUUUGCAAUACCCUCCUCGCCAACGACUCCGAGUGCUACAAGCGCCAUCUCGGUAUCCAGAGAUAUCCAGCGAUACCUCUCAGCCAGAACUCGGGCCUCCUCGGCUGGGUGCCGAAUAGCGAUACCCUGCACGUGUUAAUCCGCGAAUACCGCGAGAGUCGCAAGAUCCUCCUUAACAUAGAGCAUCGCAUCAUGCUGCAGAUGGCUCCUGAUUAUGAUAAUCUCACGCUCAUGCAGAAGGUCGAGGUGUUUGGUUAUGCGCUAGACAACACGACCGGCCAAGAUUUGUACCGCGUCCUAUGGCUGAAGAGCAAGAGCUCCGAGGCUUGGCUCGAGAGGCGUACGAACUACACACGCAGCUUGGGAGUCAUGAGCAUGGUCGGUUAUAUCCUCGGCCUAGGCGACAGGCAUCCCAGCAACCUGAUGCUUGACCGCAUCACUGGCAAGAUUAUCCACAUCGACUUCGGUGACUGCUUCGAGGUUGCCAUGAAGCGAGACAAGUAUCCAGAGAGGGUUCCGUUCCGUCUCACCAGGAUGCUGACAUAUGCCAUGGAAGUCAGUAACAUAGAAGGUAGCUUCCGGAUCACGUGCGAGCAUGUCAUGCGUGUGCUUCGUGAAAACAAAGAAAGCGUGAUGGCAGUUCUUGAGGCUUUUAUCCACGAUCCUCUCCUUACCUGGCGCCUAACCAAUGCCGCAUCUCCUGUCGGCCCCAAUUUCCGUUCCGAGAGGGAAUCUUCUCUUGGUGCAGGUGCUCAGCGGGCUCGCAGACCGAGCAUUCUUGACGCAGAGCAUCCGCCUUCCGAGUUCCUCGCGGCGCAGCAGGCCGUCGCAGGCGUCGACGCCGCGCAUCCCGGCGGCCCACCAGCUUCUCGGGCCAGGGCGCGCACCAAUUCGAGUCUAGUGAACGGCACGGGUCAGAUCUUAGACGGCGAAAUGGCCGAGAUCCAGAACGCGCGUGCCGUGGAGGUGCUAGACCGCGUAAACCAGAAGCUGACUGGCCGCGACUUCAAGCCGACCGACGAACUCGAUGUCGUGACGCAAGUUAAUAAGUUAAUCAUGGAAGCUACGAAGUUAGAGAACUUAUGCCAGCAUUAUAUUGGUUGGUGCUCGUUUUGGUGAAGGCAAUGCACCAGCUCGGGCUAGAUAUGGUGGGUGGAUAGUUCUAUAAAUUCGUGGAUGGGUGGUUAUUACGGAGUUCGCGUGUUUAGAUCGGAUGGCAAGGUAAGGAACGAUAAGGCGUCAUAGUACGUACAUAUUGGAUUCGCGUUUGCGGUUAUAUCAAGAUGAUUUGCGCUGUAAUGUCAUGAGUGCAUUACUCUUCGUUAGGAUCAAUGAGUUAAUCAUUAAAUCGAGCUUCUCUUGGUUUAAAAGUAUUCCCCCCGGGUUCGUAAAGUCUAGCCUAAUCAAAACUAAACUCAGAAAAUUCGUAUCAUUUCACGAGUGGCGUUUCAAAUCCUGUUGUCGGCACUUAACCAACUGUCCGAUCACAGGUCUCCCUCUUUGUAACCCUGAUAUACGUCGUGGAAUGUGGUACUGAGACAUUAGAAACAAGGCCGGUCUCAGAAGGGUUAGCCAG